GGACGUCGCUAAGCCGAAACGCAGCCGCCGCCGGCCCAACCACCCACAACGAAAGAGAAAACGCAAAUCCGAUGAGAAAAACCACACAAGCCUCGCAUUGGUAGCUCACCAAACAAAUACGAGCUCCACCCAUCACACUUCCCAGUAGAGUCGGGCGAACAACCGUCACCGAGAAAGAAACCAUGACGCUCCUCGCCGCCGCCGUCCUCGUGCUCGCGCUGCUGGCCGGCGUGCAAGCCGCCCCCUCCCCUGCCGCAGCCGUGCCGGUCGACACGGUGGCGGACUCCUGCGACGCGAUCCGGGACUUCGUCGACUACGCCUUCUGCGCCACGGCGCUGCGGUCCGGCGGCGGCCCGGGCGCGUCCACGGCGGACCGGCACGCGCACCUCCUCGUGGCCGCCGACCUGGCCGCGGCGCGCGGGGCGUCGGCGCGCGACGCCGCCGACGCGAUGGCGCGCGCGGAGCGGGACCCGGCGGCGCGGGACGGGAUGGAGGCGUGCGGGAUCCUGUACGGGGCGACGUCGGUCCCGGCGCUGCGGUUCCUGCGCGGGUACGCGGCGGCGAGAAAGUGGGACAGGGCGCGGCCGCUGCUGGCGCUCACCGGGCAGGCCGGGAUCGGGUGCGAGGCGGCGCUGGGAGGAGCGACGGAGGCCAGGGGCAGGAUGGCCGAGGCCAACCGGGAGUUCGACCAGCUCUCCACCAUGGCCACCGCGCUGCUCAACAAGGUUGACACCCUAGGCUAGGCUAGCUGCCGGAGCGCGCGCAAGCGAAAUGGUGACGUGGCCGCUAGCGGCUGGCACGAGUACGUGGGGCUUGACGUGGUGGUCUCGAUUAAAUCAAUGGUGAGUCCGUGUGUAAUCCCUUGAUGAUCAAAUCAAUGGUGUAUCGUGUGACGGUAA